AAAGAAACUGUAAUAGAGAAACAUGAAGGUUGAGUAAUACGGUGUGUGCGUACCGAGCACUCAACAGAAAUUUCCACUCAGGAAAACUUUCAAGAAGUGUUUAUUCUCGGGGAAACAUGAAUAUACCGGCAAUGCAAGGGACUGUUUUGUUUUUUGUUUCCAUAGCAACUAUGUGUGCCAAGUCAAGUGGAACGACAGAUUGUUCACAUGAGCCCAACCUGGCUUAACAAUGGCGUGCAUCAUUAUUUCUGCAAUAUUGAGAGAUACAUCAGCUUACUCUUCACUGGAUUGUAAAGUCUCCAAUCAUCAAUAUACAAUCUACAAUUGCAACUUGUGAUACAGAGAAACAAGGACCUUGCAUGAACAGUGAUCCCUGCUAUCAAGCUACAAUGUCCCCGGAUGGUGUCAGCGAGUUACGAGUGUACAACUACAAUAAUGCUGAUGUGGAAUGCCAUGGUUCUAGGGACAGCAAUGAUCUGUGCAAGUUUACCUUAAGCUCUCGCAGUUAUCAAGAAGCAUCAUUGCUUUUAUCAAGUCGUAGCAUGUGCAAUCUGCCUGUUAGUACAGCAGUUCCUGAUGUCGAUAGCACCCUCAUCCAGGGUAUGUUGAAGUCCACGACUAAAGUUGUCAUUGAUGAAGAUGUCCCCUCUUCGUCUCAUACAACUAUGAGCGUGAAUCAAGCAUCAAUGACUGCAACUAGAAUCAUUUCGGACCUUACUUCUGUCCAAAGCAUUAGAAAUAAUUCUACAAGAAAAGACACUGCAGACGUUGCAAGCUCAUCAAUCUUGUUAACCAAUCUGCAAUCGACCAAUGGGCAGAUAAUCAGUAAUUCGACAACUCAGAAGGACUUUCAAGAUUUUGUCAGCACGACCUUAUCUCCUCAAAGUAGCAGUAUAAAUUACCAACAAAAUAAAUCUACGUCUCACAAUUCCACUAAAGUGACUGAUAUCAUCGCUACUGCAUCAGUUAUAAAUGUUGACCAGACUAGCGUCCAAAUCUUGAAAGACAAGUCUACAGAAACAGUAACAACACAAAGACAACUACCACCAUGCAUGGUGACCUGCAGUCCAUAGCAAUCGGUGCUACAGCAGCUUUUGUAGCCACUGUGUGUGUCACGGGCAUGGUCCUCAUCAGUCUCUACAGGCGAAGUAGGAAAAGCUGCCUCAUACUAACAUCCUAAAAGGGAGACAAGACAAGACUACCAAACACGUUGGCGAAGCAGAUGGUUGGCGAGGGACUUUCUCCACAAGCACGUGCGUGUGUCUCAGUGAAAUAGAAUUCCCCACAUCUUUGGCCACGGACAAUUCCUGCCUGACAAACAAAAAGUCCCACCAAUGAUUUCGUGGAGAUGUUCAACCCUGUUUACUCCUCAAGUAGCUUGACCUCCGAGAUGCGCUCAGAAACAGUACGGUUUAACCCUUAGCCACAUCAUGGAAACUGCUGUAACCGGUCGAGAAAGGUUUUGUUAACCACCCUACUUACAUCGUAAGAAAAACCUAAAAAAAAUUCCAACAAGUAUCUCUUUUUGGCUGGCUGUCCAUUCUUUACAAAACAUUUGGGAUCCUGUGAAUAAAAAGUGAGAACAUUUAAAGCCACCCUUAAAAAAGAAAAUUGCUGCAAUAUAUUACAAAAAGUAUCUGCUAAUAAGGCUUUUUUGUAGUUAGGUACCUUUGUGACUUGUUCUAGAUGGCGCUAGCUCAGUGCAUAUGGCGGAUGCACUUUAUUUUAUAAUAAUUGGGUACACUUUCGUGAAAAAUAAGACUUUCCAGCUCUAGCUGAAAACUUUUUUUCACUUUGAAGCGAAGUUUUCUUUUUUCUUAGUUUGAGGUCUUUAAAGUUUACAAUAAAGGUCCGCCCUACUAAGUUUUUUUUUUUUAUCAUGAGUCACUAUUGAUAAAAUUAGCAUACAUUUUGCAAAUAUUUUUAAAUGAUUCUUGUUUGUUUUUUCAGAUGUAAAACCUUGACCUUAAUAGUUGCUCAAAAAUGUAACAUAUAUCACAUUAAAUUUAGUAAAUUCCUUUCAUCUGCAAUACUUUUUAAGUUUAUUGAACAUAUGUCAUUUGCAUUUUUAAAAAAAGUGUCCGUCCCUUUUAAAAUUCCACGUGGUAAAAAUAUAUGAAAGUUUGAGAUUAAUUUUUUUUGGUCUACAAUCAUAAAUAAGGGGUUGACUUGUCAUAGGGUUAUGAUUCCGUCACAUUUUUAUCACGUUUGCCUUCUUCGUCGAUUUCCAUUUCUAUAAAUCGUAGUUGAACAGAUUUAAGAUAACGAAUACAGAUAUGCAAGUAAUGUAAGAAGUUUUAUUUUCCUAUCGGAAAUUUCAAGUGCACAUAUCGCAAAAUGUUCUUGCUCGUGAC